AUGGCCUCAGACAAGAAUGCAACCAACUCAACCCAACACGAUGAACUUAUUGUAGAUCAGGGUGAUGUUCAUCAGAUUGGGGAAAGCCUCUUCGACAAGAAGUUGAACAAACAUCACGAUGAUGCUCUUGACUUUCUCCAAGCUACAGAGGAUCAAAACUUCACCUACACAGACCAGGAAGCGAGUAGUGUGCGGUGGAAAAUCGAUUUAAUGCUAAUGCCACUGCUGCUCGGGACGUAUACCUUGAAUUUUCUCGACAAAGGGAUUCUGUCCAACGCGUCCGUCUUUGGACUCAAAGGUGACACGCAUCUGGUUGGUCAACAGUACAGCUGGGUUGCUAGUAUCUUCUACUUUGGCUACAUGCUUGGGCAGCCAGUCAACGCAUACUUGCUUCACAAGGUCCCUAUGGGUAGAUGGUUGGCUGGUAAUGUGUUUGGCUGGGGUGCCUGCAUUUUGUUAGGCAUCACUGCCAAGAAUUUUGCCGGCAUUGCUACUUCACGCUUCUUUCUUGGCCUUUUUGAAUCCGUCACGAACCCUGCAUUUGUGCUGAUUACCAGCCAAUAUUAUACUCGCAAGGAACACUCUCUUCGUUCGUGUAUAUGGUGGGCGGGCAACUCUGUCGGGUCCUUUUUUGGUGACCUUAUUGCCUACGGUAUUGGCCAUGGCCAUGGCUCGCUUUCGCCGUGGAAGUACAUGUUUAUCACCUUUGGCGGAUUCACAGUCCUCUGGUCGAUGAUACUCAUGCUUUUCUUGCCCGAUUCUCCGUGGAAGAUGAAAUUUCUAAAUGAACGAGAGAAAAGAAUCGCUGUGUUGCGUGUAAUGUCGAAUCAUACGGGGAUAAGUUCUUCUCACUGGCAAUGGAAACAGGCGGUCUCUGUUCUUGUCGACCCCCAAGCGUGGAUAUUCUUUUGUAUUGCAUUUAUUCAAUGCCUCCCGGGUGGCGGACUGACAGCAUUCAACAAGCUUAUCUUAACGGGACUCGGAUACACCAACCUCGAGGCGACUAUAUACUCUAUGCCCGAGCAUGCCAUUCAGCUUUUCAGUGUCAUUGUUGCGGGCGUCAUCGGUUCUUAUAUAAAAAAUGCCCGAUGCGUCGUCAUUGUAUUAUCCAACAUACCUCCUUUGGUUGGCAGCUUGAUUGUGUAUUAUGUGCCCGCGUCUGACAAACUUACCCGUUUGGCCGGCGUGUACAUUCUCUUCACGAACACCAUUAGCUAUAUAAUGGUCUUAAGCCUCGUCGCUUCGAAUUUCGCUGGAAUGUCGCGCAAGACGGCCGUCUCUGCAGGAAUAUUUCUUGCUUAUUCGGCCGGAAAUCUUGUCGCACCACAGCUCUUCAUUGACUCAGAGGCACCCCUUUACCCAACAGGAUUUCGGGGAAUGAUCGCCUCGUUCCUAGCUUUGAUUGUGUUGGCUUUCAUCCUUAUGACCUACCUGGUUUUACAAAAUAAGCAACGUGACAAGAAGUAUGGCAAAGUCGAUCCAAAUGUCAUACAAGAGGAUGAUUUCCUUGACCUGACUGACAAAGAGCUGCAUUAUUUUCGAUAUGCUUGGUAG